AUGCAAGCCCUUCGCCUGGCGCGCACCGUCGCCGUCGCACGGCCCCUUGUCGCCCGCCGCGGCCUCGCCACCGCGACCGCAAACCACGUCGAUGUCGCCUCUGCAUCCUCGUCCUCCUCCGCUGCUUCCCGCGUCGCCCCGAUACCCCUCUCCAACGUCGAGGCCCAGUGGGAGAAGUUGUCUGCCGAGGAGAAGCUCUCCGUGCACGAGCAGCUCGAGGUGCUGCAGCAGAAGGACUGGAAGGAGCUCUCGCUCGACCAGAAGAAGGCCGCAUACUACGUGGCGUUCGGGCCCCAUGGACCACGCGCACCUACCAGCCAACCCGGCGACAACAUGAAGAUCUUGCUGUCAACUCUAGGUCUCGUCGGUGUCUCCGCCGUUCUGUAUUACGUCCUCCAGGCGUACUCCAACCCACUGCCGAAGACGAUGACCAAGGAAUGGCAAGAGGCCAGCAACGAGCGUGCAAAGGAGAUGAAGCUCAACCCUCUCAGCGCGCACCUCCUUCCAAGCGGAUCGUCAGGCCUCUGGAGAAGGACGAGCAGCACAGGAGCCGUUGGUGCCCAAGGAUUCGGACUUACGCACCCUAUGACAUGGAUCGACGAGCCAGGAUCUCACCCCAACGAUUCUGACGAAGAAGACGCCGGCGACUACGACAACGUUGUUGGGUUCUUAACGACCGAUGGCGACUCUCACAUACCACAAAAGUCACGAAGUCGUCAUAGCUCUCUUGCAACACAAGCCAACAUCAAGACGGCCACGACGACCAUGCUCCUCACAGAACACGCCGGGCAAGUCUUUCGGAUAGAGUUCCUGUCAAUUGAAUUGCGCGAUCCUGAACAACCAUUCGACAAUGCUACGCAGGAUUUGAAUGACGAGAUCCUGCAGGCGAAGAACAAGUAA